AUGAAUGCGUCAUCAAUGCUGCUACGAUUUCCUCCUGACCGGUUUUUAAAGACUAUUAGGAAGAGUACUUUGAAUAGUUUUUGUUUGAGGCCCCUUCCAGGAUCUGCUGUUCCGUAUGGCCGCCUGGCUAAUUUGCCACAGCCCCAUUUUGUAAGGCGAAUGAUGAUAUCUUCAAAGGGCUUGAAGACUGGCUGGUGUUGUCCAGCAGCAGCAGAACAACAACUGCAGGAACUCUCCGCUAAGGAGCAAAGACUCUUAGAGAAACUGUACAACGGACUUGUCCGUGGGGACAGGGCCUGCUUGGCGGAAGCCAUUACUCUUGUAGAAUCCACACACAGCAGGAAAAAGGAGAUGGCGCAGGUGCUCCUUCAGAAGGUACUAUCCUACCACAGAGAACAAGAACAGUUAAAUAAAGGAAAGCCACUAGCCUUUAGAGUGGGAUUAUCUGGCCCCCCUGGUGCUGGGAAAUCAACAUUUAUUGAAUGCUUUGGGAAAAUGCUCACAGAAAGAGGGCACAAAGUAUCUGUGCUGGCUGUGGACCCUUCCUCUAGUACAAGUGGUGGAUCCCUGUUGGGUGAUAAAACCCGAAUGAUUGAGUUGUCAAGAGACAUGAAUGCUUACAUCAGGCCGUCUCCAACCAGAGGAACGCUGGGUGGUGUGACACGGACCACUAAUGAAGUCAUUUUGCUGUGUGAAGGAGGAGGCUAUGACAUUGUUCUCGUGGAAACAGUAGGUGUGGGGCAAUCAGAGUUUGCUGUUGCUGAUAUGGUUGAUAUGUUUGUAUUGCUGUUGCCACCAGCAGGAGGUGAUGAAUUACAGGGUAUCAAACGAGGGAUCAUUGAGAUGGCAGAUCUCGUUGCUGUAACCAAAGCUGAUGGAGAUUUAAUUGUGCCAGCACGGAGAAUUCAAGCAGAAUAUAUCAGUGCGCUGAAGUUGCUCCGCAAGCGCUCCAAGGUUUGGAGCCCAAAGGUCAUGCGGAUCUCUGCCAGGACUGGAGAAGGCAUCUCUGACGUGUGGGAUAAGAUGACAGAAUUCCGAGACCUCAUGCUUGCAAGUGGCGAGUUGAUCACCAAACGGCAGAGACAGCAGAAAGUGUGGAUGUGGAAUGUAAUUCAAGAAAACAUGCUGGACCAUUUCCGGAGUCACUUGGCAGUGAGAGAUCAGAUUCCGCUUCUGGAGGAGAAGGUGGUCAGUGGGAUCCUGUCUCCAGGGCUGGCGGCAGACCUAUUGCUAAAAGCAUUUAAGGGGAGAUCCUAAC